AUGGAUCAGUGGACGGGUGUGCAUCGGGCCUACAUAAUACGCGCCUACUACAGAAAUAAUGAUUCCAUAAGCACCGCGCAGCGUUUGUUUAAAAAACAGUUUAGCAUUUAUCAAAUACCGCCCUGCAAUGUGAUCAAGUCCUGGCUGCGUCACUUCGAAUGCACAGGCUCGUCCCAGGCGGGCGGCUGCAGUUCGCGCUCCUCGCUGCCCCAAAUUUUCUGCACUAUUUGCAAUCACUGUUUGAGCAAUGAGAAGAAUUUCAGCAGCUCCAUCAAGUGAAUUUAGUAUUUGUCGCCUGCGUUGUGCUUAUUAAAUUAAGGUCAAGAAUGUGUCUUUUGAUAAUUUAGUUUAUAACAAAAUAUAUAUGCAUAUAUGCUAAUUAACAAAAUAUUUGUUGAGCAUGGCAAACUCAACACUUUUGGGCUUUGCUGCGUUUCUGUGUUGCUCAUUUGCUUUGUCAUGCUUGUCUAGCGAUCUGCGCAUCGUUGCAAUUGAAAGUGAAAAGAAAAUUCUUGUGUAAAUUAGCCCUGGCAUAAUUAACAGCAGCAAAUGGGCGUACAUUUAGUUAAACUUAGUUGUACUACAAUGUUUUGUAAACUCAAAUAAAUACACACAGACAGAGCUCGUCUAUGAACUUUGCGUCAAGCGAGUGUAGCAGAAAUUAAAACAAAUUCUAUAAAGCCAAACACAACUUGCUGUUUAUUUACAGUUACUUAACAUGGUGCCCUGGUAUCGCUUGCAUCCAAAGCAAUGGCUGCCCUUCAUCAGCGCCAGCGAGGCUGGUGAAUUCUUCAAGUGCACGCUGCUCUUUGUGCUGAGUGUCGCUUUGUUGAGGCGUUUGGGCUGUGGUCUGCCCGCAAUUGCGGCAUUGCAGCUUAAGGCGCCAGAGCCUUGAUUAUGUGCACAUUAUGAAAUUCUUGUAAAUUUGUGGUUGCCAAUAGAUUGAACUAAGCUGUCAACAGCGCUAACAAAA